AAAAUGGGACGCCAUUUUACCGAUUUACGUCUUAUCCAUUUCCGGAUUCGGGCCGGAAGUAGUUGUAUAUUGCACUGUUUUGGAAGCGCUCGGCGGAAAAAUGAACACUCGUGGUCUUCGCUCCCAGCUGAAAGACAGUGUCCCGGUGGCAGGGCUAUGUCCACAGGCUGGAUCUUUUGGUGUUCCUGAUACCCUGCGCAGGGGGUUUUCCAGUGUCAAAAACGAGCUUCUGCCUUCACAUCCACUAGAACUCUCAGAGAAAAAUUUCCAGCUCAACCAGGACAAAAUGAACUUCUCCACGUUAAGGAACAUCCAAGGACUUCAUGCACCCCUGAAACUCCAGAUGGAAUACAGAGCAGCCAGACAGAUUCAACGUUUGCCUUUUCUGCCGAGUUCCAACCUCGCACUGGAUACACUCAGGGGUGCUGACGAGUCCAUCGGAUUUGAGGACAUUCUCAGUGAUCCUGCACAGUGCGAGCUGAUGGGCGAACCUCACAUUAUGACCGAGUACAAACUUGGAAUUUUGUGAAUUUGCCCCCAAUAUAUCAUGCUUAAAAUUAUUUUUUUUUAAGAAGCAGAAAAAUCUGUUUAGUUCACUGAACAUGUGGACCUUUUGUCUGUUUCUGUUUAUUUCUGUUUAUAAUAAAAAGUUAGUGAUUUAAA